AUGUCUUCAUCUGCACCUAUCAAAGUCGGUUUUGUCGGCCUCUCUGCCUCCGGCUGGGCUGCCGACAUCCUCGGUCCUUCCCUCCUCGAGCCUUCCGUCCGUCCCAAGUACGAUCUCGUCGCAAUCUCCACCACAUCGCCCGAGUCGGCCAAAGCCUCAGCGGACAAGUACGAAGAGAAAGUCGGCCACACUAUCAAAGCGUAUCACGGUGACACGGCGAAGAUCGCCAAUGAUCCCGACGUCGACUUCGUUGCAGUGGCGGUCAAGGUCUCUGUGCAUAAGCAGGUGAUCCUUCCUGUCAUCGAAGCGGGAAAGAACUUCUUCUUGGAGUGGCCGGCUGGUGUUUCAUUGAAGGAGACGCAGGAGAUUGCGGACGCGGCGAAGGCGAAGGAGCUCAAGACACUCGUUGGGUUGCAAGGCAGGCAUUCUCGGGCUGUUUCGAAGGUCAAGGAAUUGCUCGCGGCUGGGGCUAUAGGACGAGUGCAUUCAACGCAUGUAGUCGCUCACCUUGGAAGAGAGCUCAUCGCAUGGCCUCCAGUGGUCCUCGAGAGACUCGUGUAUCUCUCCAAGAAAGACAGCGGCGGAACCCGUCUCGACAUCCCCAUCGGCCAUCAACUCGACACGCUCACGUACCUCCUGGGUGACUUCACCUCUCUCGUAGCCAUUGACUCAAAGCAAUAUCCAACUGGCGCGUUCGUUGACGACACGUUCAAGCCUACUGGGGAAACGUUUCCGUCCGAGAUCCCCGAUCACUUCGCCAUCUCCGGCAUCCUCUCCUCUGGGAUCAUCGCGAACCUCUUUUACCGUGGGGGGAAUGCCUCUGGGCCGGAGACUGGUAGACGACAGUACCUUUGGGAGAUUGACGGUGAAGACGGUUCGAUAAGGUUGGAGUCUGAUCAUAUCCAAGGUGCUGCGCCUAGCAUUAUCGAGCCGAAGCUGUUCUUGAAUGGAAAAGAGGUUGUAGUUGAGGGCGGGGAGAAGGCUGGUGCGCUUGACUCGGCGGCAACAGCGUGGAAGGAAUUUGCGGAUGGGAAAGGCAAUUAUGCAACGAUUGAAGAUGCGCUGAAGAACAAGAAGCUGCUCAGCGCUAUCGAGACAAGUGCAAAGGAGGGCAGGAGAAUCACUUUAUAA